AUGCUUAUUUAAUCUAAAAAAUGUCAUCCAUAAAAUCUGCCAAUUAGAGCAUAUAAAGAAUAAAUUUUAUAUGGAAUCGAUACUAAUAGUACAUUGAUCAUCUUAGCUGAAACAGGGUCAGGCAAAACCACAUGUACAAAAUAAUUAAUAAAUAUUAGAGAUACCAUAAUAUUUAAUAGAAGCUGGUUAUGGUGGAGAAUAGAGAGUUUUAGUAUCAUUACCAAGAAAGAUGGCAGCUAUUAGUAUUGCUUAGAGAGUAUCUGAUGAAAAUGGAACAGAAUUGGGAUAGGAUAUUGGUUAUAGAGUGAGAUUUGAAUCGAAAGUGAGUGAAAAUACAAAGAUAGAAUAUGUGACUGAUGGAACAUUGAUUUAAAUUAUAAUGGGCAAUCCAUUGAUAGAAGGAUAUUCAGUUGUAAUGCUUGAUGAUAUUCAUGAACGUACUUUGAAUACAGAUCUUUUAUUGUGUUUAAUUAAGAAGAUUCAAAAGAAAAGACCUGAAUUGAAAGUGAUAGUUUCAUCUGCAACAAUGGAAGUUGAUUUAUUAUAAAACUUUUUUCCUAAUAGCAAAAUAAUUGCAAUUAGAGGUAGGAAUUAUGAAGUUGAUGUAAUUAUAAUGUACAACAUAUUUAGAUUAUGUAUUUACUUGAACCAUGUAAAAAUUAUGUUGUUGCUUCUGUAGAAUUAGCAUAUCAUAUUCAUAAAAAGAUGCCUGAUGGAGAUAUACUAGUAUUUCUAACAUCUGUUGAAGAAAUACAUGCAUUUAUUAAUUUAUGGUCACAUCAUAAGACUAAUUGUGUAGUAUUACCACUUCAUGCUAGUUUGGGGAUUGAUAAAUAAUUGUUAGUGUUUAAAUAACAUGCAAGUAGAAAAAUUAUAGUAUCCACUAAUGUGGCUGAAAGUAGUGUUACUAUUGAUGGAAUAGUAUAUGUGAUUGAUUCAUGUUAUUAAAAAGUAAAAGUAUAUGAUUAUAAGAGAAGUAUUCAUAAUUUAUUUUAUAAAAUUAGAUUUGGAAUAAUUAAAUGUUUUACCUAUUUCUUAACAAUCUGGUGCUUAGAGAGCUGGAAGAGCUGGAAGAACUAGAGAUGGAAUAUGUUAUAGAUUAUGUACUAAAGAGGAUUAUUAAAAUUUACCGAAGACUUUUCCACCAGAAAUAUUGAGAUCUAAUCUUACAGAACUCAUUUUAUAGAUUAGAGUAAAUAUAUCAAAUAUAUAAUUUAUAGUCAUUCUCAUUAACACCGAAUCAUUUAUAAUGUAGUAAUACAUUCUUGACUACUGUUUCUAAUGAAUAAUUAAUCAAUUGUAUUAAUACUUUGAUGAGUUUAAAAUUAAUUGAUGAAAACUUUUCAUUAACAGAAUUAGGAAAUGCAAUAGUUGAUUAUCCAUUAGAAACAUAAUUAGCAGUUUGUGUUGAAAAUAGUUUUUUGGAUGAAUAUUAAUGUUCAGAUGAGAUGUUAAAAAUUGCUAGUGUUCUCAGUAUUUAAGGAGGUAUCUUUAGUAGUGAUGCUACACCAUUAUAGAUGUUAAAAGCUAAAAAAGCUUUGGGAUGUAAAGAAGGAGAUGUGUUAUCACUUCAUAACAUAUUUGUUAGAUAUAUUAAUAUUGGAAAUAAAGGGAAUUGGUGUGAUACAUAUAGAGUAUCAAAAUAUAAAUUAGAAUCAGCUGGAAAAAUAUAUAAAUAAAUUCAAAAAAGAAGAAAAAAUAGAUAAAUUAAAAGUUCAAUCCAAGAUGUUGAGGCAGUCUUAAGAUGUUUUGUUUCUGGUUUCUUUUCUUAAGUUGCACAACGAGAAAAUACAGCAAGAGAAGGUGUUUAUAGGAAUAUCUAUACAAAACAAUUAGUUCAUUUACAUCCUGCAUCUGUUUUAACAGUUUCAUAUCCUGAAUGGGUAAUUUAUCAUGAGUUAAUUGAAUAAAGUAAUAUCAAUAAGAUAAUUUAAUAGAUCAUAAAUUAACUAUGCAUAAUGUUACUGAACUUGAUCCACAUUGGUUAUUUGAAAUUGCUCCUCAUUUUUAUAGAGAUGCUAGAUAAGAAAUUGCAGAGAUGAAACAUUAAUAAGAGAAGGAUUAAUUAGAUAAAAUAGAGGCUGAAAAAUAGCAAAAGCAAUAAGAAUUGUUGAUGAAUUAAGAAAGUAAAGUAGUUUUUGGGAGCAUCAAAUAGAGGAAACCAGGAUUUAAGGGAUUUGGUUAAACAUAAUUUCCUAUUAAAAGUAAAGAGUAAAGACUUGGUUCAUUAUCAUUUAAUGAUGAGGAGGAUUUCUGAUUUU